AUGCCUGGGGAAAUCAUCGAUAAACCCAAUCCAAAACCGCUUCCGUCUCACCUACCUGAGGUAAUAGACCAACUGGCCGUUCGGCUAGCAAGGACAUCGCUAGACCAGAAUGUCGUUGAUUCUCUGCAGAGAUUCCAGCGUGCGGCGAACUAUAUUGCUGCCGGCCAUUGGGGAACCUGCCCAGGGCUGACCUUCGUCUAUUCCCACCUGAAUUACUUGAUUUGCAAGCAUGACCUUGACAUGAUAUAUGUUGUGGGACCGGGUCAUGGCGCACCAGGAAUCCUAGCUGCGCUCUGGAUGGAAGGUUCUCUGGAGAAAUUCUAUCCAGGAUAUAGUCGAGACACGAAAGGCCUUACGAAGCUGAUCACUACGUUCAGUACCACGGGUGGAUUUCCAAGUCAUAUCAACGCCGAAACUCCAGGUGCAAUCCACGAAGGCGGCGAAUUGGGAUAUGCUCUAUCCGUUUCGUUUGGGGCGGUCAUGGACAAGUCAGAUUUGAUAGUCAUAUGCAUUAUCGGUGAUGGCGAAGCAGAAUCUGGGCCGACAGCAGCGUCCUGGCACGGAUUCAAAUAUAUUGACCCUGCAGAAUCGGGGGCGGUGCUGCCCAUUCUCCACCUCAAUGGAUUUAAAAUCAGUGAACGAACCAUAUUCGGUUGUAUGGAUGAUCGCGAACUCAUCGCUUUGUUCGUGGGAUACGGUUAUCAACCACGAAUCAUCGACGAUUUGGAGCAUGUUAACGUCGAUUUUCAUGGAGCACUAGAAUGGGCGUUGGAGGAAAUCCGCAAAAUACAACAGGCUGCUCGCUCCGGAAACCCGAUUAUGAAACCGCGUUGGCCUAUUUUGAUUUUGCGAACGCCUAAGGUUAGUGCCCAAAUGGCAAUACACUAUGUCUUGUCGAUGUUAACGUAUAUGGUUCAGGGAUGGACUGGUCCAAAACAAAUUCAUGGCCAAACUAUCGAAGGUUCUUUCAAAGCUCAUCAAGUCCCUCUUCCGGCGGCCAAAAAGGACAAGGAAGAAUUGAAGGUGCUAAGCGAAUGGUUGAUGUCGUACAAACCACAUGAGCUUUUUACAGAAGGCGGUGAUGUGAUAGACGACAUUAAGGCUAUCAUCCCUCGAAAUGACUUGAAAAAGUUAGGGCAGCGAAGUGAUGUUUAUGAAUCAUACAGGACACUCAAACUGCCGGACUGGAAGGGAUUCCAUAUCGAGAAGGGCAAGCAGGAGAGCUCUAUGGAGAUUAUCGCCGAGUUCAUUGACCAAGUUUUCGUCGAUAACCCUCACUCCGUUAGGCUGUUUUCCCCAGAUGAGUUGGAGAGUAAUAAACUUGGUGGCGCACUAGCACACACGGGAAGAAACUUCCAAUGGGACCAGUUUGCUAAUGCACAGGGUGGUCGUGUAAUUGAAGUAUUGAGCGAACACAUGUGCCAGGGGUUUUUGCAAGGGUAUACAUUGACAGGUCGAGUGGGCAUUUUCCCUUCAUAUGAGAGUUUCCUCGGCAUUAUACAUACAAUGAUGGUUCAAUUUUCCAAGUUCACCAAAAUGGGCAGAGAGACCGUGUGGCGCCGUGAUAUUGCCAGUAUCAAUUACAUCGAGACAAGCACAUGGACUCGACAAGAGCACAAUGGAUUCUCACAUCAAAAUCCAUCGUUCAUUUCAGCAGUGUUGAAUCUGAAACCAAACGCAGCCCGCGUUUAUUUACCACCGGACGCAAACACAUUCCUUUCCACGUUAAACCAUUGCUUGAAGUCCAAGAACUAUAUCAAUCUCAUGGUUGGGUCCAAGCAGCCCACACCUGUAUUUUUAGGUCCAGAUGAAGCUGAAAGCCACUGUCGCGCGGGUGGUUCGGUGUGGAAAUUCGCGUCUACCGAUGAAGGAAAAGACCCGGAUGUGGUGCUUGUCGGCGUCGGUACAGAACUCACAUUCGAAGUUGUCCAGGCAGCCGCCCUACUCAGGGAACGGGUUCCGGAAUUGCGCGUGCGUGUAGUUAAUGUCACGGAUUUAAUGAUUCUUAGCAGGGAGACCAGUCACCCGCAUGCCCUGUCAGACGAAGCAUUCGACGCUCUCUUCACCAGCGAACGUCCGAUCCAUUUCAAUUAUCAUGGGUAUGAGACUGAAUUGAGGGGACUUCUCUUUGGUAGGCCGCAGAUGGAACGGGUUACAAUUGCAUCAUACAUGGAAGAAGGAAGUACCACGACACCAUUUGAUAUGAUGCUGAUCAACCGAGUUUCUCGAUUCCAUGUUGCCCAGGCUGCAGUUUGUGGUGGUGCCAUCAGGAACGAAGAUGUUAUGAUAAGGAGAUGUGAGCUGCUUUCUGAGUUUGACCAUAAUAUGAAUGAGACAAGGAAGUAUAUCAUGCAGCAUCAUAAGGGUAAGUUUACCCCUGUACCAUUUUUGAACGAUCAGGCUCUGGAUUAGAGCAAAGUAGCUAAUACACCGGUAGACCCUGACGACAUGUAUGACACGCCAAAAUUUUCUUGAUAGGAAAUAGAUCACAGAAGAGACUUCGUUGAAGCACUUGGAGGAAACACCUGGAUAGUGUUGAGGGCUGUGCAAACCAAGGGUACUUUGAGUUUCAUAACGGCGUUGCUGAAGAUACCAAAAAUGUUUCGUAAAUAAGCU